AGCAUGGUCGAGGGGCCAGGGGAUUCGGAGGCGCCUGACCCCAACGACCCUUCCGGCCAACUGGAUGGACACGGCAGCCCUGUUCCAACGCCGAAAGGUUACUUUCUGAACUUCCUGGAGCCGGUGAACAACAUCACCAUCGUCCAGGGCCAGACGGCCACUCUGCACUGCAAGGUGGCCGGCCACCCGCCCCCCAGCCUGCGGUGGCUGAAGAACGACGCCCCGGUGGUGCAGGAGCCGCGGCGCGUCAUCAUCCGCAAGACGGAGUACGGCUCUCGGCUCCGCAUCCAGGACCUGGACACGACAGACACCGGCUACUACCAGUGCGUGGCCACCAAUGGGAUGAAGACCAUCACUGCCACCGGCGUCCUGUUCGUGCGGCUCGGUCCCACACACAGCCCAAACCAUAAUUUUCAAGACGACGACCACGAGGACGGCUUCUGCCAGCCGUACCGGGGCAUCGCCUGCGCGCGCUUCAUCGGGAACCGGACCAUCUAUGUGGACUCGCUGCAGAUGCAGGGGGAGAUCGAGAACCGGAUCACAGGCAUCGGCAUCCCAGCCGAGCGGCUGGGCCGCUACCAUCAGUGCUACAACGGCUCGGGCACGGACUACCGAGGGACGGCGAGCACCACCAAGUCAGGGCACCAGUGCCAGCCGUGGGCUCUGCAGCACCCCCACAGCCACCACCUGAGCAGUGCAGACUUCCCGGAGCUCGGCGGGGGGCACGCCUACUGCCGGAACCCCGGAGGGCAGAUGGAAGGGCCCUGGUGCUUCACGAAGAACAAGAACGUGCCCAUGGAGCUGUGCGACGUGCCCCCAUGCAGCCCCCAGGACGGCAGCAGGAUGGGCAUCCUGUACAUCCUGGUGCCCAGCAUCGCCAUCCCCCUGGUGGUCGCCUGCCUCUUCUUCCUGGUCUGCAUGUGCCGCAACAAGCAGAAGGCGUCGGCCGCCGCGCCCCCGCGCCGGCAGCUGAUGGCGUCGCCCAGCCAGGACGUGGAGCUGCCCCUCAUGGGCCCGCACAAGCAGGCCAAGCUCAAGGAGAUUAGCUUGUCCUCCGUGAGGUUCAUGGAGGAGCUCGGGGAGGACCGCUUCGGGAAGGCCUACCGAGGCCGCCUGCUGGUCCGGCACGAGGCCUUGCUGCGUGCGCGCCUGCAGCACCCCAACCUCGUCUGCCUGCUGGGCGUGGUGACCCAGGGCCAGCCGCUCAGCAUGGUCUUCAGCUACUGCCCGCAGGGCGACCUCCACGAGUUCCUGGUCAUGCGCUCGCCGCACUCCGACGUGGGCAGCACGGACGACGACCGCACGGUGAAGUCGGCCCUGGAGCCGCCCGACUUCGUGCACGUGGUGGCGCAGAUCGCGGCCGGCAUGGAGUAUCUGUCCAGCCACCACGUGGUGCACAAGGACCUGGCCACCCGCAAUGUGCUCGUGGACGACAAGCUGAGCGUGAAGAUCUCGGACCUGGGGCUGUUCCGCGAGGUGUACUCGGCCGACUACUACCAGCUGCUGGGCAGCGCGCUGCUGCCGGUGCGCUGGAUGUCGCCCGAGGCCAUCCUGUACGGCAAGUUCUCCGUGGACUCGGACAUCUGGGCCUACGGUGUGGUCCUGUGGGAGGUGUUCAGCUACGGCCUGCAGCCCUACUGCGGGCACUCCAACCAGGACGUGGUGGAGCUGGGGCCCGGCCGGCAGCUGCUCAACGCCCGCUACGGGGUCCCCAAGCCCAAGGCUCCGCCCUUCCCGCAGCCGCAAUUCAUCCCCGUGAAGGGCCCGAUCCGGCCCCUGGGGCCGCCUCCGCAGCUCUACAUCCCCGUCAAUGGCUACCAGCCCGUGCCGGCCUACGGGGCCUACCUGCCCAACUUCUACCCCGUCCAGAUCCCCCUGCAGAUGGCCCCGCAGCAGGUGCCUGCCCAAAUGGUGCCCAAGCCCGGCUCGCACCACAGCGGCAGCGGCUCCACCAGCACCGGGCCGGAGGCGGCGGAGGAGGAGGACGGCUCCGUCCCGGAGACCGAGCUGCUGGGGGACAGUGACCCUCUGCAGGUAGAGGAGGCCGAGGCCCAGCUGGAAGCCUGAGGGUCAGGACUGCGGGGCUCGCUCCUGGGAAACUUCAGCCACUCGAGAAGUGAGACCCCAGCGCCCCGCCCGGGGCCGGUUGGCGCCCCGCCAGGUGAAGUCACUCCGCCGCGUGCUCCGCCCAGAGCUGCGCUGUGGCCAUCCUUGGGCUUUGAGCCUGUGGCGCCGGGUGAACGGUGAUGCCAGGUCAUCUGCAUUUUCCCGAGGAGGAGUCGUGGGCAUUGCCUGUGCUUUGAAGGGAAUCAGUGGCGUCUGCCCACCUUGUUGCAAGUGGAUCCAAUGUUGCAAAACUUCGGGACAGGCCUGGCCAGGCAGCCGGCUGGUGGCGGAUGCAGGAGCUGCUUGCAGCUGCCCGCCAGUUUUAGCCCCUUCAGCCCCUAGAGUGGCGGGAACAGGGCGCUGCCCCCCGCCAGGCCUGGUGAGCAAGGCUUCUGGAACCGGAGUCCCAUUUU